GUAUAAUUUCAAAGUCUCUGUGAGUUUUACUGUGAGCAAUACUUGAUAUUAAUCGAGUGUGAGGCGUCGAGCUGGCGGAAUUGUUUGCACGUCUGGUGAAAUGUUUUGCGGCGUUUCAUCUGUCUGUACGUCAGGAGUUCAAAUUUGCCUUUCAUCAUUUCAAGGUCGAUCAGUCAAGCACUGUGGUCGUUACAAACGAGUGACAGCCUCGCCCGAAGUUGCUGGCCUUGUGCCAAAUUUUGAAACCGAUAUAAUAAUUACAAUCACUUUUAUUACUGCUUCGCUGGUUUAGGAUGUUUACCCAGACCGAACGUAAACAGUCUGACGACUUCCCUGUCAAUUAAGCGAAAACGAAAUAUGGCUGCCAUGCAGAUGACGAUAACAACAAGCAGUUCACUUUUCCUUGUGAUUACUUUUAUUGUCGUUCUAAUAUCACUAAACAUAGAAGCGAAGGAACUUGGAAAUAACUGUGAAAUUAAGAUUUCUCCCAAUGUCCAUAAGAUUUUAUCUCGUUUAGUAAGAUCAGACAAAAAGGUUUUCAAUUUCGAUGUCCAUUUAUCCGAUAAAAGGCUUGAUGACCUUCUGAAACCCGUACGAAUGGAUUAUUUCGCAAACGCGAGACAAUUUACCUGGAUUCCAGAGGAACCAGAUGGUUUAAUAGCGUAUAAGAAUUUCUAUUAUGAUUUUUCAAUGCACUCUUUCAAUGUAUUAGGAGCUUACAUUGCUACUCUGAGGGUUGAUAUCGAUAUAAAUUGUGGGAAACAAAAUAUUCAGAGACAUGAUUUACUAUAUUUGAUUUUCCAGGAAUUGAAAAUAAUCGCAGUGAUCGAUACAUUAAAAAUAGGAGAAUCUGGUUACAUGUGUUUUCUAAUAAAUUUAUCUCAGGACAUGAAGAAGAACAGCCCUGAGUCAUUAAAAGCUAACAGAAGAAUCGGUUUAAAUAGAGAGUUGGUGAAGAACUAUUGCUGUAAACUCUAUAAAAAUGAAAGCUUUGUUUAUCACCCAAAAUCAAUUUGUUCUGGAAAUAUCAUGGAAAAUAGUAUGUUUCUCAAUUAUGCAAAUAUCGUCGGAACUGUUGUAUGGGCAUAUUUUCCCUUAAUUAUUAGUGUUCUUUCACUAACGAAAUCACCUUCAUUUCCCCAUCAAAACACAUUGCCAUACAGAUUAGAAUGGAUUAACCAAAACCAUAAUACUUACAAUUGCCCUCAUUUUCUGUCUUGGUUAUUUUGCUUUCAUCAUUCCACUUUCUUGGCCUCAAAAUUAAGAAGAUUCUUUUUUAUUCUAUCUUCUCUUUCAAUAAUUUUCCUGGAUCUUUUGAUGCAUUACUUCUGUUUAUAUGAAACAAUAGAGAUAUUUUUCCAAGAUGGUAUACCAUUGGGACAUCGCGCCUUAAUAUUAGGAAUAUCAGAAAGUUAUGAGAAUACAGAUGGCUUUUUUGGCGGUCCCUUUGUAUGGUUAAUCUGUUACGUAUGUUUCUAUUUCAUCCUCUUCGUUCUUCCCAGUCGAGCAAGUGAGACUAUCGCUUAUAAUACAUUACAUCAAGGAUCCACUUUCACGUUUCUCAUUCAAAAUAUGAGUUUAUUACAGAAGUAUGGCAAUUUAAAUGUUUCUACACUACAGGAUUAUGAUCUACUCUAUGCAGUAAUGAAAGCUAAUAUUUCUCUAGCUCUAAACCCAAAUUUCUGGUAUCUAAUAAUCCAUACUUGGAUUAAUCGUAUAAAGAAAAUUUGGUUAUAUUACUACAGGAGAAAUAUUUUCUGGAAAUUCAUUACACUUUGGCUCUUUGUUUCCAUUACAAUUUUAUUUGCUGUAUUUUCUGUCUGCGAAUUAUUUCUGUGCCUCGUUUAUUAUGGAAUCCCAAUUAUGUAUCUGAUUUUAACUUUACCUUUCAGCUAUUUUAAAUUUUAUAUCUUCUCACUCUGUAGGAACAAGAAUCGUAUUUUUAAGAUUACUGCUGUAUUUUUUACUUGUCUAUUGCUUCCAUUGUAUUUUUUAUGGACUCUCGUUACAAUCUAUAUAUUUCUUACAAGUUUUCACAUCUUAUGCUACUACAUAUUUACGAUUGCGGUUGCAGUUCUUGCUGAACCUGAUAAUGUCGGGGACGUAUGGUUUGUUGCCAUGUUUUUCGUCUAUAGUGUUGCAAUUGUGAACGCCAUCAUAAAGCAUUAUGACUCAAUAAUAGUUCAGUCUAUAAAACUCACCAAAGCUGUUUGUCCAAGUUUGAUUCAGUCAAGCUAUGGAGAGGAAUUCAUAAAUGCCAAGCUGUUCAAGACAAUUGUUAACCAUCAUUUUCCAUUGAGAUACGAGAUUGGUAAAUCCAUUAUAAAACUGUUUCUCAUCGUAUCUUUUUUCUUUGCUUGCAACAAUAUAAUAAGUCGAGAAGACUUGGACUUAUCAGCGUUCACAAGGAUUACUUUGAUAUUGAUGACGUCUAUGAUACCUACAUUAUUGUCUAUAAUAAACACAAACCGUAGAUUAGCAGUAACCAUGUUAGAUAAUAUUAUCGAAACAAUUAAUGUAUAUGCCGGAGACGUUAUCAAGUUAUUUGAUAUUCUUUAAUAAAAGAUGACGCCUGUUGACCUAGAAAUACCUGUUACAACUAUCCUGUAUCCACCCCACCCCCACGCAAGCCAUUUAAAUGUAUAAUCUCAAAGAAUAUUUGAUUGCUUAAUCUUAUCUUUCUGCCUGAUUUAAUUCAGAUUUUUGUUUAUUUCGUUUCGAAUCAAAUAAAGAAUUCAUUUGGAUAUCUA